AUGCUGCAAUUUGCAGGAGCUGGACGCAGAGAUCUGAUCCUCUACUCCACCGUCAGAGCUGGAGAUGACGUCACUUUGUCCUGUGAAAAUGUGGCUGAUGGUCACAGAAACUGCAACACCACAAACUGGCUCUACAGCCGUUCAAGACAAUCAGCGGUAGUAACACUGGUCAAACAUGGAAAGAUUGAACAUGGCCGCUCAGACAGACUGAGUGUUUCUGCAAACUGUUCUCUGGUUCUAAAGAAAGUCUCAGCUGAGGAUGUUGGUAAGUACACCUGCAAACAGCUGAGAUCAGGAAGACACUCGGGUCCAGAUGGCUUGGUGUAUCUUUUUACUGUUAACUUGACUGAACAUGAGGAGCAGCACCGGCUGACAUUACGCUGCUCUGUGUCGAAGUAUGAAAGAUGUAAACACAGAGUGAAAUGGCUGCAUAUGGGAGUCAGUUUGGAUAAAGAAAACCAAGAUAUAAAAGAAUCAUCAACUUCCUGCUCUGCUGCCGUCACCUUCAAAUCAUCUCAUUAUGUCAACCCAUCAAGUUUGAACUCCUUCAAGUGUGAAGUAAAGGCAGAUGACAAAGUUCAGCUUUUCACCUUCAGCUCUCGUCCGUCAGUGAAAAGCACAACAGCAGUGACAGAAAAUCCAGCAGUAUCAUCAGGAGUGUCAUUUAUAAAAACAUCACCCAACAUAAAACCAGAAACAAACACAGGUGUCACAGAAAAAGACUUUAUGGUUUGA